AUGCUUGUUCAUGUGUGGAUGAUUAUGUUUCUUCUUAGUUAUUUGACAACAACUUUUGUCAUUGAGGCAAUGGCAGCUGCCAAUGCCAUUGUCCAUCGGCAUGCAGUACAGCACUUCAAGAAAGCAAUCAAAGAAGAAGAGAUGGGACCAAUAAAUUAUCAGUCGGAAUUGGUGGAAGAUCUGUUAACAGAUGAAGUUAUAUCCAAUGCUAUUGAUCGAGAUGAACAGCUUCCUCUUCUCCUUAACACCGUUGAUUCUGUGGACUAUUACAGUAUUACUGAGAGAAUUGAAUUGCUUCCCAUGACCCUGGUUGCUCAUUUUCAUCAUCUAUUGGAAGACAUCAUUUAUGCUGUUGGGGUUAAUCUUUUCUACUUGUGUAUUGUUGUCUACUUGUAUGGGGACUUGACUAUCUAUGCUGCUGCCAUAGCCAAAUCACUGAGAGAUGUUACGUGCAAUUAUGUAGUAGAAGGACCAAAUUGUACAAGCAUAUAUAAUAGCACAGAUCCAUGUUGGACUACAGCAUCUUCCAUCUCUCGUCAUGGUGCCUACAUGAUUUAUUUAGCUCUGUUUCUUUGUUUACUUGGCCCUUUUACAUUCUUCAAUGUGCAGAAAACAAAAUAUCUGCAGAUGUUGACAACAGUCAUGAGGUGGUUAGCUUUCACCAUCAUGAUAGUCCUGACAUCCAUAGCUUUAGCUAAGGGGAAAGGUCGGGGUACACCCCCUGUGGCUGACAUUAAGGGAGUGCCCAACUUGUUUGGUGUCUGCGUAUAUUCUUUCAUGUGUCAUCAUUCUCUACCAUCCCUGAUCACUCCCAUCCGAAAUAAGGACCGUCUCUUUUCAUUGCUUUUUGCUGACUACCUACUUAUUUUGUGUUUUUACUCGCUGCUUUCUUUCACUGGAAUCUUCACUUUUGAAAACCUCCAGGAUGUGUAUACUCUUAACUUUGAGCCACAAAAGUGUGGUGACAGUGACACUGUUGUUUCAUCAGUGCCUUUUCUUCAGUAUUUUUUAGCCUUGUUCCCUGUAUUUACCUUGAGCACCAAUUUUCCUAUUAUUGCUAUCACUCUGAGGAACAACUUGAAGUCACUGUUUCUGAAGGACAGCAAAAAGUAUUCAAUCUUUUUGGAACGCAUUUUGUUCCCAGUAAUUACAGUUAUUCCACCUGUUGCCAUUGCAUUUGCAACAGAAAGCCUUGAGAUCUUAGUGGGGAUUACAGGGUCAUAUGCUGGAGCUGUUAUUCAGUAUGUUGUUCCAGCCUUGUUAGUUUACUAUGCACGUAAAGAUUCACUCACCUCUAUAGGCUUAGGAGUGAAAAAACAACAUUCCUCACCCUUCCAUCAUAUUGGCUGGAUUGUCUUUGUUUGUGCAUGGGCAUUAGCUUGUGUUAUAUUUGUAACUGUGGACCAUGUAACUAGUUUGUAGGAUUUUGACAGCUGUGCUUGUAUUAGACAAUUAUUUUUAGAAUUUUAAAUAUCUGUACAAUUGUCUAUAAAGUUACCAGUGCAAAAGAUGCAAUCUAGGAAGAUGAUUUAGUGUAAUUUUGAUAUAAGACAAAAAUUAUAUAAUUUUGUAGAACUAUUAUGCUUUCUAAAUAUCUGGUAAAUUCUCUAUAACUUGAAUAUUUAAACUAGUUUUAAGAAAUCAAGAAAAAAGUUUAUCUUGAUCAAAUCUAAUUAAUAGGAUUUAAGUUGUAUUUAGUUUACUAUUUGCUCACCCAUAAUAUAUAGUUCUGUGAAUAAAACUUUUAAAACUAACGAGUUUCUAUACAACUACACCAUGCUUUGUAUGAUUUUAAAUAUUAUUUUUUUUCACUGGGGGGAAAAUUAUACCUGAGCAGUCAUUUGAAAGAUGAUCAACUUUUCUUUGUACAUAUUUCUGUUAUAACUAUUAAAGAGUGAUAUAUAUUCCUGAUUACUGAAGGUACACAUAGUAUUACAUGCUUCUAGUAUUUUUUUCAAUAGAUCUGCAACUUCUAACAACGUACCAAAUUUUUUUUAACAUUUCCUUUUUUUUUAAUCGACAAUUAAACCCGAGAUUUUGUUUUUGUAAAGACAAUGUACAUGUGUACGAUAAAAUAAUUUUUUGUACAAAAAUACACUCCAAAGGUCAGACAAAAAAAGGUAAAACAAGUAGGGCAUGGUACUGCAAUUUUUUUGACAUACCAGUAUAUAGCAUGAAAUUAAAAAGGUUAAUACCAGUGUUUUGUACAGUUAUUAUUAUGCCAUUUGCCUUUACUCGAUGCAACAACAGUAGGUUUGUUGUACUUUAUGCCUUCUCAUGUUAGAGCAGUAUAUUAUGUUAUUAUAUUUAAAAAAUAUUAUAUACAUUAUUAUGAUUUAAAUUGAAAGGUAAUAUUUAGCAUUCCAAAAGAAAAGUGUGAUUUUUAUUUAUACAUAUUAAUUCAUAUUUUUUUCUAAAUGACCCAACUUUUGGUAACUAUUCAUUUGAGCAUAUAAUUAGUUUUUUUGUGAUUAUGAAAUCUUGGGCAAGAGCAGAACAUGUAAAUUUGUCACAGCACCUUAGGCAUUAAAUAUAUUCAUAGUGGUUGAUUUUAAUAAAACCCCAACUGCAAGGAAAAUUUAUGUAGAUGUUAUACUUGAUUUUUCUUACAUUAUUUUAUAAUACAAAUUCUUUUGAGUGUUUCAUGCACUAUAUAAAACUUCCCUUCUUUACUCUAGAAUGAAUUUGCAGUGUUUUGCCAUUGUGAUUAGAUCUUCCACAGAUUUUAUGUUUCUUAUUAUAUAUGCUUCACCUUUAAUUUUGUGUACGUCAUAAUUUUUUUUUGGGGGGGGGGGGGCUUGUGGUGUCUUUUCAAAUUUCAGUAAACUUUUUUGUAUGCCAUAUUUUGUUAUUUUUCUCAAUAAAUAACAAAAACUACAUUUCUGAUGUUAUAAAACUUUUGAAAAAUUUAGAAUUUGUCACAUUAAAUUGAUAUUUCUAAUUGUAUCACCCUCAAUAUAGAUUUGCUGAUAUAUGAUUGUAUGUAAUAGGAUAAAUGUGUGAAAAGUUAUCAGAUUUGUUUAAUCUAUCCAUAGACCAGAGUGACAAAAUUCAGAGCUACAUGUCCAUCCAGUUUACUACUGCUGUAUUUAAUAUAAUCAUAACAUGAGGAGACUGUUUAUAAAUGUAUUAAUUUUAUGUGAUUGGUGAUAUUUUGAGGUAUGUAUGUGUUUAUAAACUUACUGGUUAAUUAUUAAUAAUCAUUUUGGUCUUGAUUGGAAAGUUACCUCGGAUAUUGAAAAUUUCACCAGUUUUGUCACAGAGUUGAAUCUAUUUUACUUUACUCCUGUGAUUCUCAACUGUAACAGCUAAAGAACAGAGAGAAUUUAUGUUACUUUAGUAUUAUCCAGUAAACUCGGAUAAGUCUGAAAACAAGAUCUGGAUCUCUUAUCUAUAAUGCUAGUAUCCUGUAGGGAAAAAAAAAAAGUUGAUUUUUGGAUAAUUUUAUAUUAUCAAUUAAGAUAUAAAAAUUGAAAGCUUCAAGAAUUUUCACUCUUUUUAUGAAGAAUCUAUGGUUGUCAUUUUAAACUACUUCUAACCUAAAUUCCAAAUACUAAUAUCAGUAUCUUCAUACAGAGAUAAUAGUUUUAAAUAUAGACAUUUUCCUUUCUUGUUGGUGUGGUCUCAACUAUUGACAAGUUGCUUGAUUAAUAUUUUUAAUUUUCAUCUACAACCCAGUAAUACACUUUUAAAUUGCAACAACAGAAAACACAGAGUGGUUUUAAAUAAUUGACUCACUUAGAGGUGUACUUUAUCUAGACCUAAUGUCUAUUUUAGAAACUACACUAGCAACUCGUGUGUGGCUUGUUGUCCUAUACAAAACAGUCUGAAAAUUUAACAAGUUAGAUCCUUUGCUACAAUUAAGUUUCACUAUUAGUUUCAUUUACCUGCUUUGUUUGAAUUAAUAGUUUUAAAGUCCAAAAGAACAAAUAAAAGAUUCUUCUUUACAAGCAUUCAAUUUUAAGUUACUUGCCAUACUUAGAUUACAAUUAGUGCUCUUGAUGAUCAUAUACUAAACAUAAAUAAAUUUCCUUGCAUAUUUACUAAGUUUAAGAGAAUACAAACUUAAGCAGCAGUACUUGAGAAGUUUUUGUAUGACUUAUUAAAUUUAAAGUUUACUACAACAAAUAUUUCUUUUUUUUCCAUGUCUUCCUCCUGAUACACAGAAGUCACUUUAAGAUAAUGCAAUGUUUGUAUUCCCAUUUUAUAUUGGAAUUCUAUUGUGCUUUCAGUUACAAACUAUUUUUUUUUUUACACUAACCAUCCUCCUGUUGGUCAGCAGCAAGUUUAUGUACUUAUGAUGCUAAAUUCCAGGGUGUGAAUAGUCCACUGUGAAGCUUUGUACUAAAACAAAAGCCCUAACACUUACCAGCUUAGACUUAAAAAUAUUACCCCCACCAAAAAACAUUCUGAUAACUCUUUCCAAAUUAUUAUUAUCAAUUUGCAAGUCCCAGUUUUUUAGCAAUUUUUCACACAUACAUUAGCAUACCUACCAACUAUUCAGGUUUUUCACCUUUCUAAAUUAUAAUUCUUACCAAAUAAUUUCCUAUUUUUAGUCAUUUCCCAUGUUUUUGCAAACUUCACUUGUUGUUAAGACUUUUUCAAUGUUAAAAAAAUCCAAACUUCUGUAUUUGUUUAAUUUGUAAAUUGAAUUUGUUAAUUAAGGUAAAUAAAUAGGCAAAAUUGUGAAUUUAUGUGAUAUUCAAGGUUUGGUAAUAUCGUGAUUGCUAGUAAGUCAUAUAAAUUGAAAUGUAAAUUUAAUGGUAAAUUUCAAAUAUUUAAAAACUUUAAUAAACAUCCUUAAAAUGUACUUCAAUUUUCAAAGACGUGUGAACCCUCCUCACAGUUUUGCCAAUUGCUUAAAUGCUGUGGAUAUUUAGAAAGUUAGUAGGUAUGCAUUAGUUGUUAAUUACCAUUCAAUACUCAACAUAGCUGAUCAAUUAGUGCUUCUGUGAACAAAUUAUAAUCUGUAAUUAGUUAUUAAUAAACCAGUACUUUAUGUUGUUGAUGUAAAUCUUUAAAUUUAAAUGCAUGUAAACUCAUGCUCAAGUUGUAUCAAAUGCUACUGUAUAUUUUGCUGUACAGAUGAACUGUAUUAGAUCAGAAAUAAAUAUAUUAAAACCUUUA